AUGGCAGAACAGGCACAAAAGGCCGCAGAUGCGGUCAAGGACGCCGUCAACACUGUCACCGACAAGGUCUCCGAAAUGACCACCUCGGACGCUACCAGCCAGCCCAACCUGCUUAAGGAUGAGGUUACCGGCGAGAUGGUCUCCAAGACGGAGCUCAAGAGGCGCCAGAAGCAGCGUGAGAAGGAAGCGAAGAAGGCUGAGGCUGCCUCAACCAGGCAGGCGCCUCCGCCUCCAAAGCGCAAGGCCAAUGCCGCCGACGACGAAUCUCAGCUCAAUGCAAACGUGAGUGCGAGUGUCACCCUCUGGAUUGGACAUGAUACUGACAUUGUAUGUAGCAAUACUUUGAGAUCCGGUCGCGUGCCGUCAAGCGUAUGAAGGAGACGAAUUCGCCGAAUCCCUAUCCCCACAAGUUCCAUGUCACCUACGAUCUGAGGAAUUUCGAGCAGGAGUUUGGCCACCUCAAGAAGGGAGAGACGAUCAAGGAGAAAGAGAUCAGUGUCGGCUGCCGUAUCUACAACAUCAGAACUUCUGGAGAGAACCUGCGUUUCUACGAAGUCCAGCAUGAUGGCGCCCAGGUUCAGAUUAUGGCUCAGAACUUUGAGAAUACCAGCAGCAUUCCGUUCAACGAGCAGCACGAUCACUUGAGACGUGGAGACAUUAUUGGAGUCAAAGGCUUUCCAGGACGAACAAAUCCAAAGCGCGAAGACAACCCUGGUGAGCUGUCGAUCUUUGCUCAGGAAGUUACGUUGCUCGCGCCUUGCCUUCACCAGAUUCCCUCUGAACACUUUGGCUUCAAGGAUCAAGAGGAGCGGUACCGAAACCGUCACUUGGACAUGAUCAUCAACAAGAGCACGAUCAAUACUCUCAAGGCUCGCUCCGCUAUCACGAGGUACAUUCGACGCUACUUUGACGACAAUGGCUUUGAGGAGGUUGAGACGCCUAUUCUGCUCAAGUCCGCUGGCGGUGCAACUGCCAAGCCAUUCUACACCCAUCACAACGACCUCAACAUGACACUUGCACUCCGCAUUGCCACGGAGCUCCCUCUGAAGCAACUGGUCGUCGGUGGCAUGCCCAAGGUGUACGAGCUAGGCCGACAAUUCCGCAACGAAGGCAUCGAUCUUACGCAUAACCCUGAAUUCACCACAUGCGAAUACUACGAGGCAUAUGCUGAUGUCAACGACGUCAUGAACCGCACUGAAGAACUCGUUGAAGGCAUCGUCAAGUACGUGACAGGAGGCCUACAGACAACCUUUAAGACCGUGACCGGCGAGGUCUACAACGUCAACUGGGCCAAGCCAUGGAAGAGGAUCGAGAUGAUUCCGGCGCUCGAGGAAGCAUGUGGGGAGAAGUUUCCUGCGCGCGACCAGCUUCAUACGGACGAGACCAACGAAUUCUUGAAGCGAAUGCUCAAGAAGGUUGGCGUUGAGUGUGCCCCACCACUCACCAACGCACGCAUAAUCGAUAAGCUCACUGGCGAGUUCAUUGAGGAGAAGUGCAUCAACCCUACCUUCAUCACCGGCCACCCGCAGAUGAUGAGCCCGCUCGCCAAGUACCACCGCUCCGAGCCUGGUCUCUGCGAGCGCUUCGAAGCUUUCGUCUGCAAGAAGGAGAUCGUCAACGCAUACACUGAGCUGAACGAUCCCUUCGACCAGCGCCUUCGAUUCGAGGAGCAGGCGAGACAGAAGGCUCAGGGAGACGACGAAGCCCAGCCGUUGGAUGAGCCGUUCCUCAAGGCCAUCGAGCACGGUCUACCACCGACUGGAGGCUGGGGAAUGGGAAUCGACCGCAUGUGCAUGUUCUUGACGGAUCACUACAGCAUCAAGGAGGUUCUACCCUUCCCGUUCAUGAAGGAUGAUGGUAAUGUUGCCAAGAAGGCGGCAGAGGUCGCCGAGGUGACGCCACAGCCUGUAGAGGGUAUCCCUCACAAAUAA